GUCCGUGCCUUGGAUGAAUGGGCCUCUACCCGCCUGCAGUCUCUUCCCCUCUCUGCCCUCAAAGGGGCCGUGGUCGGUAUCGAUGCGUCGCACUACAUCACCCAACACCUCCUCCACCAGUCCACCCGCGAACCUCUCCUGAUCGCACUGGGCGGUUUCCCAUUCGCGCUAAAGAACAACAUCGAGCGGGAGCUACAGGUCUUCAAGAAUUUGGGUCUGGCUUGUGUUUUUGUUUUCAAUGGCCUCGAGUUUGGCAAGAAGGACCGGCGACCCCACGUGCGACCUGAGUCGGUACGGGCUUUUGAGCAGGCCUGGGAUCUCUAUGAUCAGCAGCAGGCGGAUCAGGUUGUGGAUGCAUUUAGCUCUGCUGGUACACCCCCCCCGGUGAACUUCUACAAGUUCUUGCAACGGAUUCUCCUUCAGAAUGGAGUGGACUUUAUUGUUGCUCCGUAUAGUGCUGCGGCUCAGCUUGCCUACCUCACCAGCGGCCCGAACCCCCUCGUCGAUGCAGUCUUUGGACCUUCCGAAAUCCUCCUGUUCGAUGUCGACAAGCUGAUUACACGGAUUGACUCCGAGCCGGCGCAGUUUUUCUGGAUCACAAAACAAACUUGCCAGGAGGAGUUGGGCAAGUUAACAAAUGACCAGUUCUUGGACUUCUGUCUUCUUCUGGGCUCAUCUUUCCUGCCAACGUUCCCCGUGUUUGAGACCCAACCUUUUCCGGCCAAGGGGCCCACCGUCCGCGAUGCUUUGCCCAUGUUCAACGUUGCCGGGAGGAGCGCCCUCGCUCUCUGCGCCCAAUUUGAAGAAGACCGCCGCGUGCAAGAUGUUCAGUACACGGACCUUUACAAACGGGCUUACAUGACGGUGAAGCACCAUGUGUUUAUCGAUGUGGAUGGGAAGGUUGCACCAAUGAAUCCGGACAAUACCUCUAAUGAUAUGCAUGAAAUAAUCGGGCAGCGACUUCCUGAGGAGCUGUACUUUUACCUCUCCAAGGGGAUUCUGGGGGCUGAUAUCCCGAACACCUUGACCUCCAGUGAAGUUUUGGUCUCCUUGCCUCUGGGCGUGGAGGACACUCCAAUUUAUCGCCAGGUCGUAGGUGACACUCUUACGCCCAUCAGGGCUCAGGCAAUCUCUUUGGUGGCAAACACUCUGCACCGUUUCUACCAGACUAAGGUUAUUAAUGUGCGCACUUGGUUCGACGAAAACUCGGACCGCUCGAUUAAUCUGAAGAACCUCUCCGUUAAGGACACCAUCAGAUCGUGGAAAAUUAACAACGAGCAGCUUCCAGAGAAGCUCAAGGAAUUGCCGGAGUCUGCUGGGCCAUUUAGAUUCGCUGUCCAAAGCUUGAAGGAUAAAGAAUUUGUACCCAAAUCCUUUGCAGGAAAAGAUUCGCCGGCAUUAUCUUCGCAAGACGAGGUUCUUUCGAAUGUUUACUGGCGAUUCCUACAGCUUCGGGGUUAUAUUAACGAGAAACAUGAACUCACUCCCUGGGGUGAGGGUCUCGAACAAGCACUCUCAGCCUUAGACCCGGCGGACAACCUUGAAGAGUCUACUUUCCUUGCUAUUGAGAUGGCCCGUCUUGGUCUCCUGAAUACAAAGCAGUGGUUUUCGCAUCUCUCUGGUGGUCCUAUGAGAGGGUCAGAUGACGACAAGACAUUUAACCUCCUUGUUUCCCGUGUUGCGUGUGUCGGCAAACUACAACAUAAGCCCAUUGGAUACUCUGGACCUUUAAGCAGGCAACUUCUCUGCUACCGUUCUUUAGUUUCCCAAGUCCGCUCCACGCUCCGUAUCCUGAUUGAGGCAAUUCUGGCCGAACUGUUCCUCAGCGGUGAUGCGGACCGUGACCGUGAGGACUGGUCGGAAAUGACUCUCAAGCUCCCCUUUAUCAACGACAAUGACUGCGGUCUCGGAAUCGCUGCUCGGACAUACUUGGACGAUCUGCCAGCUCAGACUAACCCAACCUCGCCAGAGGCUCGGGCAGAGACGAAGGCGAAGGGCAAGGCCUGGUUCCAGCACAGCGACAGCUUUAGUGGGAACUUAGACCUGGCGUUCAAAUUGUGGGAUGCGGUUUACAAGGCAACCCAGAGUGCUGGUAAGGAGGCCAAGGAUGCAAAGACAUGGGACAACACCAAUGCGUGGUUGGCUGGAAGACGGUGA